GACCGGAAGCGGGGGCCGGAGCAGAACUCCCGGGCGGCCCCGCCUCUCUGCGGCCGGGCGGCCAAUGGCGCGGCGGGGGCGGGCCCGGCCGGCCCGGGCGUUUAGCUCAUGCGCGGAGACCAUCCUGCCCUUUUUUUUUUUGUCGGUGCGUGGGCACUGCGGCGUUUUUUCCCCCCAGCGGCUCCCGGCUCAGCACGAACAUGGCGGACCAGGCCCUUUCCUUCGCCAAGGACUUCCUGGCGGGCGGCGUGGCCGCGGCCAUCAGCAAAACCGCGGUGGCGCCCAUCGAGCGGGUCAAGCUGUUGCUCCAGGUACAACAUGCAAGUAAACAAAUUGCUGCUGACAAACAGUACAAAGGUAUCAUUGAUUGUGUGGUGCGUAUCCCAAAGGAGCAAGGAGUGCUGUCCUUUUGGCGUGGAAAUUUGGCAAAUGUCAUCAGAUACUUCCCCACUCAGGCUCUCAAUUUUGCUUUCAAGGAUAAGUAUAAGCAGGUGUUCUUAGGAGGAGUGGACAAGCACACUCAAUUUUGGAGGUAUUUUGCUGGUAAUCUGGCCUCUGGUGGUGCAGCUGGUGCCACUUCUCUCUGCUUCGUCUAUCCCUUGGAUUUUGCAAGAACCCGUUUGGCUGCUGACGUCGGAAAAGCUGGUGCUGACAGAGAAUUCAGAGGUCUGGGGGACUGUCUAGUCAAAAUUACCAAGUCUGAUGGUCUGCGUGGCUUAUAUCAAGGGUUCAAUGUGUCUGUGCAGGGUAUCAUCAUCUAUAGAGCUGCCUACUUUGGAAUCUAUGAUACAGCAAAAGGCAUGCUCCCAGAUCCCAGAAACACUCACAUUGUGAUAAGCUGGAUGAUUGCACAAACAGUGACUUCUGUGGCUGGUGUUGUCUCCUAUCCUUUUGAUACAGUGCGGCGUCGAAUGAUGAUGCAGUCAGGACGUAAAGGAGCUGACAUCAUGUACUCCGGAACAGUUGACUGUUGGAAGAAGAUUGCAAGGGAUGAAGGAGGAAAAGCUUUUUUCAAGGGUGCAUGGUCCAACGUUCUCCGAGGCAUGGGUGGUGCUUUUGUGCUCGUGCUGUAUGAUGAAUUAAAGAAAGUAAUUUAAAAACAGCCUAACUAGAAUUGGAAACCAAGUUGAGCAGAUCAUGUAGAAUAACUUUACCAUUAUGGACCAUUGACCUUCAAGAAAUUCCUGUGUUGUCUUAUUUAUCGGGGCCAGAUCACGUUGGUAGAUGGGGCUAGAAACUUAUCAAGGGAACUGAUCCAUUUCAAGAUUGCCUUUUUUCGCAGACACUGAAACUGACAGUUCAGCGUACUGAAUUUUCUGUAUCAGUGUUUGGAUAUCAGUGGCAGUAGUUCUGGGUCCACAGAAGCAGUUUGGGCAAAGAAAGUUGUUUUUGUUUUUUUUUCUGUAUUUGCCCUCUGAUCAUUCUCUAGUUUCCUGUCUUAUAGGACCAUAAAAUUGUUUGCAUAUUUGUUUAACAAAUCAUGUCUGUUCCACUUGUACUUAAGCACUCUGUACCAUUUUGCACAGCUGACCCUUUAGCAAGUAUGUUCUUUUAAAUUGGGGCAUUCUGCUGUAAAACAAUAAACAUAUUUACUCUGUUGAAACUAA